UUUUCAGGAACUGCUUGGAAUAAUAGAGGGGAGGCAGCAGUGCAGAGCAAGAGAUGUCAGUGGUGAGAAAGCUCUUCCUGUGUCAGAAAAGAUAAGUAUGCAUGACACUGGUAGAGAAGAUGGAAAGCUAUGGCUGCAAGAAACAGCAGCAUCUCAUCUGGGCCCUAGUUUUCGGCAUGGUAGUGGACUGGCUCGGCUUUGGCUAUGCCGCUCUGGUGGCAUCAGGAGGGGUCAUUGGCUAUGCAAAAGCAGGUAGUGUCCCAUCACUAGCUGCUGGCCUUUUGUUUGGGAGUUUGGCUGGACUGGGUGCCUAUCAGCUCUCACAGAAUCCAAAUAAUGUUUGGAUUUCUCUCAUUACAUCUGGAACACUGACUGCCGUCAUGGGAACAAGAUUUUACAACUCUGGAAAAUUCAUGCCUGCAGGGCUAAUUGCUGGUGUCAGUUUGCUAAUGGUUGGAAGAUUAGCACUGAAGAUGGUGGAAAAGACCCACGAUAAGUAGCUGUUCAUUUUAAAGUUUAGUAUCUGAAUAAAGAAAUCUGAUACUGAAGUUGCAUGAAUACAGAAGCAAGAAGAUGAAACAAUUUUCUCUAUCAAGAUAAUUUUUGUCUUUUUUUUUAUAUAAGGGGAGAGCAGGAUGAUGGGACAGAUAGUUUACAUACAAGGUGCCAUUUGUUUCAAUGAUCUGGUAGAGCUAUUAUUACGUAGUGAGAAACUGGUUCUGGCUUUGAGCUUUCCAGAUAAAUUUAAGUAUCUUUCAACACUCCCAGUUUUUGUAUUCCAGAAGAUGCUGUAUGUAGCAGAGAGGACCUGUAAUUAAGAAAGUAUCCGCAAAGAGGCACCAGGGCUUAGUGGCUAAAUCCAGCAGUGUAUCUCAUCCCUUUCAUAUGAAGUACUACAGUUUGUUUUACCUGUUGGUACACCAUGAUACACUGAUACACCAUGUCUGUGUAACACCAAACAGAUUUUACCUUUUUAUUGUGAAAUUAUGGUACAAUGAUGUUUUUCUACAAGUAAAAUGUCUUACAAAUCUUUA